GUGCGUCCUGCUCCGUCGCCCGCCUAGGAGAGAAAACAGCCGUCUCCCGCCCCCGGUUCCGCUCCCCUCCCCCUCCCAACGCCGGCUACCAACGACAAGCCGAGGCCAGCUCCGAUGGCGGCGGUCGCGGCGAGGCGGCUCCGUGUGCUCAAUUGCCGCGGCUCCCUCUCGCCGGCGCUCUCCACGGCGGCGCCGCGGUCCCCGCGAGAUCCGCGCGCGCUGUGCACGCUCUCCACCACGCUGCGGUCCGGCGCCGGCGAGGACGAGAUCGAGCGCAUCCGCCGCGAGUUCGAGGACGCCAAGCGCAACUACCUCAGCAUCCCCGCCGCAAUCAAGGACAUGCCCAAGAUGAACCCGCAAGGCAUCUACGUGAACAAGAACGUCAAGCUGGAUGACCUGCACGUCUACGGCUUCGACUACGACUACACGCUCUCCCACUACUCCGAGCACUUGCAGUGCCUCAUCUACGAUCUCGCCAAGAAGCACUUGGUCGAUGAGUUGAAAUAUCCAGAGAGCUGCUUGAAGUACGAGUAUGACCGCUCUUUUCCUAUCAGGGGCCUUUACUAUGACAGACUCAAAGGCUGCCUUCUCAAGCUUGAUUUCUUUGGUUCUAUUGAACCAGAUGGUUGCUUCUUUGGGCGGAGGAAGCUGAGUUUGAGUGAGAUAAAAGAGCUCUAUGGCACAAGGCAUAUUGGCAGAGACCAAGCUCGCCAACUUGUUGGGCUGAUGGAUGUCUUCUGUUUUAGCGAGGCAUGUCUCCUUGCUGAUAUUGUUCAACACUUUAUAGAUGCCAAACUGGAGUUUGAUGCCUCUUAUGUAUAUGAAGAUGUAAAUCAAUCGAUUCAGCAUGUCCACAGAAGUGGUUUAAUUCACAGGCAAAUUCUUUCUGAGCCCCAGAAAUUUCUAAUAAAAAAAAGCCAGGUGUUCCGUUUCUUAAAGAUGCUAAGAGAGAAAGGAAAAAAGAUGUUUCUUCUUACCAAUUCACCUUUCCAUUUCGUGGAUGGAGGGAUGCGUUAUUUGCUGGAGGACCAGCAUUUUGAUGGAAAUUCCUGGAGGGAACUGUUUGAUGUUGUGAUUGCGAAGGCAAAUAAACCAACUUUUUAUAACUCAGACCACCCAUUCAGGGUGUAUGACACUCAAAAGGACACCUUAGCUUUUACUGCAGUUGACAAGUUUCUGCCAGAUCAAGUAUACUACCACGGCUGUUUGAAAUCAUUUCUGCAGAUCACAAAGUGGAGAGGUCCAGAGGUGAUAUACUUUGGUGAUCAUCUUUUGAGCGACUUGAGAGGACCUUCAAAAGCUGGUUGGCGAACAGCUGCUGUAAUUCGAGAACUCGAGGAUGAAAUAGAAAUACAGAACGGUGAUAGCUACCGGUUCCAACAGGCAAAAUUGAGUAUAAUUCAUGAUCUUCUUGGGAAAGUCCAUGCAACCGUGGUUAGCACCGAGAAAGGCCAAGUUUACAGAGCAUUACUUGAUGAAUUGAAUGCAGAAAGACGACAAUGCCGAUCUGGGAUGCGAGAUCUGUUCAAUAGCUCUUUUGGUGCAACUUUUCUUACAGAUACAGGAAGGGAAUCAUCAUUUGCCUAUCACAUUCAUCAAUAUGCAGAUAUUUACACAAGCAAGCUCGAGAACUUCUUAUCAUAUGCCCCUGAACCUUGGCUUCAUCCACCUCAUGACAUAAAGAUCAUGCCACACAACGCGAAGGUCCCAGCAAGCCUUUUCAGUACCUCUUAGUUCAUUCUACCUUUUUUGGUUGGAGAAGGUAGUACCCAUUAUGGUUUCUGUGUGAGACCACGUGACAGGACUGUGGACUGCUGCGGCCUUCGCUUAGGUUAGGAAUAAAGCACCGGAGAUGCAUGUCCAGCAGACCAAGCAGCAAGCUAGCAGUCAUUCUGGUUUGCCAUGAAAAUGCAGCCAUGUGAGUAGGUGACUCUUUUGCCUGUAUGAGGAAGCUUCUAGCUGCCGCUCAAAAAAAAAAGAAGAAGAAAAGCUUCUGUCUGAGAAGCCUGCUUCCUUUUGUUCAACUUCUAUGGAUAUUCUUAAUAGUAAAGAUGAACCCGAUGCCCUAACAAUCUGUAUGACUGUCAAAUGUCAAUUGGAGUUACAUGCAACC